AUGGUGGUUAGAGAAAGAGCGGGUGGUGGCGGCACCUGCCUGGGGCAGCGCUUCGGGGCGCUGCUCCAGGAGAUCCUGCAGGAGGGGCGGCUCUUCCAGGACUCCUCCUUCCCCACCUCUCUUGGCUGCCGGGAGCUGGGGCUCCGUUCGCACAAGACACAGGGCAUCGUCUGGCGCACACCCACGGAGCUGUGUCCCAACUCCCAGUUCACAGCUGGCAGAGCCACUGGCAUGGACAUCUGCCAAGGGGCCCUAGGGCACUGCUGGCUCUUGGCAGCCAUUGCUUUUCUCACCCUGAAUGAAGAAAUUCUGGCCUGUGUUGUUCCCAAAGACCAGAGCUUCCAGGAGAAAUAUGGAGGAAUUUUCCACUUCCAGAUGCAUUCUGGACAGUAUUUAAUCAAGUUGGAGGAGGAAGAUGAGGACCCUGAUGAUCCUGAGGAAGGCUGCACUUUCCUCAUUGGGCUGAUCCAGAAGCAUUGUCAGAAGCAGAAGAAGAUGGGGGAGGACAUGCACACCAUUGGCUUUGUGAUCUGUGAGAAAAUUUACAGAGAAAUUGAUGUGGAUCAAUUUGGUACCAUGAACUCAUAUGAGAUGAGGAGGUCACUGAAAACAGCAGUGUUCAAACUGAACUUCCAGUUUCAUCAGGUCAUCGUGGCUCGUUUUGCUGAUGAGGAUCUUGUCAUUGACGACUCGGUGCACUGUUUGAUUUGGCUCAAACCCUUGUUCAAAAUUUUUAGAAAACUUGAUACAGAAAAAAGUGGGACAAUAGAAUUGAACCUGGUUAAUUGGCUGUGCUUUACUGUCAUUUGAGCCACUGGCAUCAGCCUGAGACCUCAACAGGAGCAUGAUAAGGUGAAGAUAAUCAAGCUACAUACAAGUAAUAUCCAAACAUGAAUGUGCCUUAACUUACACAAAGCAAGCAGAUUUUGCAUGGAAUUGCAAGAAGAAAAGCAUUUUACUUCUACAGAAGAACCUGCAACCUCAUUUUUAUGGGUCUGACAGUCUGUGCCUACUCUCAUAUAGCCUCUGGAAAAAGGCUUUAGUUUAGUAUCAAUCCUCAGUGCAGGUUUUGAAAACACUGCUUUGCUAAUAUCUUUGUAUUUAAGGCGUUUUACAGGACUUGAGGAAGAAAAGCUCAUUAUAGCUUGACAGUCUGGUUUUACAAAGUGCUUUUUGAACAACAUCCUACAUAUCUGAAAUUAAUAAAGAGAUAGUAUUGCAUAUCUAAACACCUGUACUCAGAGAUAGGGGUUCCAAGCCCCAGCAUUAUCCUAGUGAAAUAUUAUUCAAAGAAUUUGAGUAGCAAGUACAUCUUUGACCAAGUGAGCAUUGAUGUGCCUAGAGCUGGAGGCUGCUGGUAACAAGAUUCUUAGAGAAAGCCCAUGCUUUCAGGUGGAAUCUUAAGUUCCUGUAUCUUUCCUUUCACAAAUAAAAGGGUUCAACCCAGAAAGCAGUGAUAAAAAAAAGAAAAUUUUCCUGUAUUAGAGAAAGUGAGCAAAAGAUGCAAUUUAUUGAAGGAGAUUUUUUUGAGUAAAGCAUUUUUCCUACUCUCCAUAAAGUACCUUUAUUUUGUGCACAUUUCUUCCCUGCAUGGUCUUCAAUUUUUUCAUUGAAGUCCUUAAGUCAGCGCUGCAGUACUCCUUAAAAAUAUGCUUUUACUGAUUAUUAAUGAAGAUACAGUAUUAUCAUAGCCUUAAACUGGCCAAAGAAGUGAGCAGCUUGCCAGGGCAAAAAUAGAGGUGAAUCCCAGAAGGCCUUAGCAAAAGAAAGGAAAAGUACAGCCAGACUGAAUAAGAAGGAUGAACUCUGCAAAUCUCUCUUCUCAUUACACUCUAAGUGUUCAUUUCUUUUAAGCUGCUCCCAGAUGUCUCCUUGGUCUUAAGAUCACUGUCUGUGAGCUCCUUCUGACCUCCUGUAUGACCUGGUUUGGUGAACACCUCGGGACCACCAUCACUUCAACCAUCUUAGCCCAGGAAAAUUCCAUGUGAGCAGGGAUAACACCUCCAUGUGAACACUUUCAAGAUCUGGCCUUUGGUUUUGGUAUCAAAUAGUUAAAGGCAAUUGAAAGGGAAGCAAUUUAAAAAGUGGCUAUCACAGCAGGGCAUCCCCAGCAUGGCAAUA